AUGUGGGACAUCAUUCGUGACUCUACCUUUGGCCAAUGCCUACGGCUAGCCAGUGGUGGGAAGCUGGCCGGAUACCCUGAGGAUCAGCCUGGUUUCCAACUACCAGCUGGAUCCCUCGAGCCCUCCACCUCCUCCUCAUCCACUUCCUCCUCCAAUGGAGAGCUCAUCGGGGAUCCGGAAAAGGGCAAUAAAGAACCCAAUCCAUCAGUAAUCGGCUGGUAUGGCGAGAAUGAUCCAGAAAACCCACACAACUGGUCCUCCGGAAAAAAGCUCUGGGUUGCCAUGCUACUUUUUGUCUACACCUUCUCCGUUUAUAUCGGCUCCUCGCUAUAUACUGCCAGUGAGCCGGACGUCAUGCGGAUCUACGGUGUUGGUGACGAAGUGGCCGAGCUGGGAUUAACCAUGUAUGUCCUUGCUUAUGGUCUAGGCCCCAUGCUCUUCUCGCCUCUGUCAGAGAUUCCAGCCGUCGGUCGCACUCUUCCGUACACUGUCACUUAUUUCCUCUUUGUCAUUCUCUGCACUCCUAUGGCUCUGGUUAAUAAUAUUGCGGGUAUUCUUAUUCUCCGCUUCCUUCUUGGCUUCUUCGGCUCGCCCUGCCUGGCUACGGCCGGCGCAAGCUACGGCGAUUUCUACGGCGCAAAGGAAAUGCCCUAUGUGAUAGCUCUAUGGGGCGGAGGUGCAACUCUUGGCCCAGCCCUCGGCCCACUGGUUGCCGGAUUCGCCGUCGAGAAAAUGGGAUGGCGUUGGAGCUCGUGGGAGCUCCUUUGGCUAUCAGCCCCCACAAUGGUUAUCAUGUUCCUCAGUAUGCCUGAGACAUCAUCAGACAACAUCCUGCUCCGCCGCGCUCGACGCCUACGCACUCAAACAGGUUGCAUAGACAUCAAGUCCGAGUCCGAGAUUCGUCAGUCAAAGAUGAGUCCAAGAGCAAUUACAUUCAACGCUCUCAUCAAACCAUGGGAGAUAAAUGCUCUUGACCCUGCUGUUCUUUUCUCAACCUUCUACACUGCGCUUACAUAUGCAAUCUAUUAUUCGUUCUUCGAGUCCUUCCCCCUCGUGUAUACAGACAUGUACGGCUUCACUCUGGGCGAGCGGGGUCUCGCAUUCCUUGCUGUUCUGUGCGGCCUCUGUGUUGCGGUCGGUCUUCUAUGCGCAUAUUUCUACUUUAUUGCCCCAAAGCAGCUGGGGAAGCUUGAUCCUGUGCCUCCUGAAGCUCGUAUUUGGCCGGGGUUGUUCGCGACAUGGCUUAUUCCAAUAGGAUUGUAUAUCUUUGCAUGGACCUCCUCCCCCUCCAUCCAUUGGAUCGUCAGCCUGGUCGGCAUCGCCAUCAGCAUGUGCGGCGUCUUUAUCAUCACCCAGUGCAUGUUCAUCUACCUCCCCUUCACGUAUCCUCGAUACGCGGGCUCGCUGUUCGCCGCCAACGGCUUCGCGCGCAGUCUACUUGCUGGUGCUUCUAUUCUCUUCUCUCGCCUAAUGUUCCAGGGGAUUAAGGUCUCUGGUGGAGUGACUCUGCUUGCGAGUCUUAGUGUUUUUUGUAUUGUGGGUAUGUUCCUGCUUUACUUUUUCGGGGCGCGGUUGCGGGAGAGGAGUCGGUUUACGGGGCUGUGA